CCACCUCUAGGUGUCUUCCUCGUCUCAGGCUGCAGCGCCGAUUUCCUGAUCAACAUCCUGUUGACGAUCCUGGGCUAUUUCCCAGGCCACAUCCACGCCUUCUACGUCGAAUACGUGUACAUCAAGCGGCGCGAUGAGAUCCGCGCGGGCAUCUACGACGCGCAGCCCGCGCCUGGUAUUUACAGCCAGAAGGUGCUGAAUGGCGGGCACAAGGGCGGU